UGCGCCCGCCACCUGGCGGCACUGCAUCAUAAUACAUGUCACAACAUCGUCCAACCUCCACGAUCCCCCCGGUCCUUCCAUCAUCAUGUUUAGACCCGUUUGAACCACCAUGAGCGCCAGCCCGCCUACGCCCCGCCCACCCUCGCCGGAGCCGUGGUUGGACGUGCUUAAGCAGACGUUGCACGUGAUACCCGUUGGACAAUGGCUGCUGAUUUUUCGCACGGAUUUUGAUCUGUUGCAAGGCGACGAACCCUUCAACACGCUCUCCCUCCUCUACCACACCCCUUCUCGGCGCUAUUUAGGCCGGGUGUUAGGUCGUACGGCCCAAAGCGGCCGACUAGACCACCCGUCCGCACUAUUAGCUCUGUGUCACACCUUCUUCCAGCACCGGGGGGCGUGUUUGGGCUGGCGAACACCGGAUGAACAAUUCCCUUUGUCCUGCGAUUUUGCCCUCGAUUGUCAAGUUCUACUAGACGAGAGCGAGGCUUCGGAGCGAUGUGGGGCGUGUCAAGCGCAAGCCCAAAAGGUCCACGGGCUGGAUUGGAAGGUGGAGCCGCGGCCCGUGGAAGUACAAUCCGUCCCUGAUUUGUUGAAUUUGGCUGACCCCGGGAUACCGCCACGCACGCGAGGAAUGAAAAUCGAGCCCGUGGAUUACUUCGAAUCGGAUGAGGUGGACGAUGCCGAGUCUGAAAUCGAAUCCCAUCCCACUUUGUUUGAAUGUGAACAGUGUCCCAAAUCAUUUAAGAAGCGCCGGACUUUCGAGAAUCAUCAGAAAACUCACCUAACAGACCGGGGUCCUCGACCUCCGCGUUCGGCCUCGAUUUCGCAUUCCAGGUCGAGGAAAUCGUUUGGGUGCGAGCAUUGUACCAUGACGUACACCAAUUCUCGCUCCUUGACCAAGCAUUUGGCCUUAGUUCAUCAACGAGGCUUUUUCGGUUGCUCGGUGUGCAAAUUUCAAACGGAUUCGGCGCCGGACAUUCAGACCCAUUGCAGCCAAGUUCAUCCCGAGAUAUCCGACACGGUAUGUCCGAGUUGCAAGGAAUCGGUGAACAUGUUCAAAGAGGUGGGAGGUCUACCCGCUCACUUUGCCCAGUGCUCGAUUAAUAAGUAUCAAGUACAAAAAGAGAAACAACGGAAGAAGAACUUGACUUAUCGGAAGAAGCCGUACAUUUGCUCGAAAUGCGGCAAGGAUUGCAAGUACAACGCUCAACUCCAGAUUCAUGAGAAGCAACACAUGGGUGAGAUGGACUUUGCUUGCUCGGAAUGUGAUUUCAAGACGUUUAGCAAGACCUACCUCCGCAGUCAUCUCAAGACCCAUCUCAUCAAGAAAGGUGUCAUCUCCAAGCCCAUUUGUGAUAUUUGUGGGCUGGAGGUACGGGACAAGAGCGCCCUAAAACGACACAAACUUUACAUGCACGAUCCGUCCACGCCCAAAGCUUGCACGUGUCCCCAUUGCGGCAAGAUCAUCUGCAACAAAAACGCCUUGGAUCGACACGUGAUGCGAUCUCAUAACAAAAGCGACGAUUUCAAGUGCACAGUUUGUAGCCAGAAGGUCGGGUCGGAUAGCGAACUUCGGCGACACAUGUUGGUGCACGAGGCUCCCAAAUUGAAGUGCCGAUUCUGCGAGAAGCGAUUUCGUCGUGAGGAUGGGCUGAAGAAUCAUGAGCGCAAUCACACGGGAGAGGCUCCAUUCAAGUGAGCACAAUUAUAAAUACAAGCAGAGUGCCAAUUGUGCGAAUAUUCGUGCAAAUCCAGCGCCACUCUCAGUCUUCACAAGAAGUUCAUCCACAAUGAUGGCAAGAAUCUCACUGAAAAGCCCCUGGUGAUGUCCUGAUUUUUAUUGCUACUUCCAAUCCGAUCGCUCCCCAACGCGUUCAACAAAAGUCAUACCUUGAUAGGCUCAACGUACCCUGUUCGAAAUAAAUAUAUUUGCCUGAA